AUGUUGGAUCCCACCCAGAAGGCCAUGGUGCAGUUUGAGUGGCAUGAUGGAACGGUGAAGAACAUCCAUGUGGACCUGCCCUUAAUCUACCACUACCAGAAGCAGCUGAUGUCUGCUGUGGCUGUGUUGGAGAGGAGGGUGCAGUGCCUGAGCAGUGGGAGCAGACAGAUCUGGGGGACAGUGUGUGAACAGAGGUUCGACUCAGCUGUCAGAACUUGGAGGGAGAGGUUGGCCCCCCCCCACACCAGAGAACCUGCAGGAAGCCUGGCACUCUACUUCAGUAGAGAGGCAGUUCUCUGCUGGUGGGUCCAGGGUUUACAGUGUUCAGGGAGCAGGAACACCAUGGCUGCUCUGAGGCUGCUUCUGGAGGGGGACCUCCAUGGGGGUGGGACACCCCCACCCUCUCCCUCUCCUCUUCUCCCUCCGUCCUCCCCUCUCAUCCAGGGCCUCUACCUCUUCACAAGUGGAGUGCCUGACCAGGAAAUGAGCGCUGCAGUGGCCUGCCUCUAUGUCUCCACGUCUGUCUGUUCACUGGAGAGGAGACAGAGGCACAGACAGGGGGGUUGCCCUCCACCUCGCCAUGCCACCAGGGAGGAGACUGCGGGGGCACUGAGGGAACUGGCACAAGCUGGCAACGGAUGCUUCCACUGGAUCAGUGAGACAGGCAUCCUGGAGAGCGAUGACAUCACUGCUCUGAUUGGAGAGAUGGAGAGGGCUGCUAAUUAUUGGCAGAAGAGCUCCAUGCUGGUGGACUCCCUGACCCAGAAGUCUGGCUGUAGGUGCCCAGGGGAUAAUCUCUCUCCUGGGGACAAAGCACCGGCCCAGCCCCCCCCUUGCCUGGAGACGCAGAGACGGACCACUGCCCCCACCGCGACCCACAGCACUCACCCUCGCCAGGCUGGAAGGAAGGCCGAGCAAACGAGCGUUCCUACUCUCAGAAGGCUCUCACAUGGCGUCCCAGCAGUGCCACAUCUGGUAUCCCACCGGUGGCUGAAGAGGUUCAGUAUUAAGAAGCAGAAGCUUGACCUCUAUAAGCUGGUGUCUGGACCUGACUGUACUCAUCAUAAGAAGCUGGUCCCCUCGGUCCUCAAGAGAGUGUCUGCCAAAUACUGCUCCAUCUUCCCCAGUGUCCACAUCAACGGGAUGGUGAAGCACCUGCAGCUGACUCCAGCAGAGUUAAAACUGACUCAGACUGAGAGACUCCUGCAGCGCUACACACAGAGGCUGCAAUGGCUGCUCUCCGGUAGCAGGCGUGUGUUUGGGGCGGUGCUGGAGAGGGAGGUGUGUGUGCUGCUGGAUGUGUCCGGCUCAAUGGCUCCCUGCCUGGGGGAGCUGAAGACCAAGCUGGCCUCUCUCAUCUGGGAACAGCUGCAUCACAACACAGUCAGACUGGCAGUGGGUUUGGGGACAGUAUGGGCCUGUACCUGCUGAGUGAUGGGAAGCCAGAUUCCAGCUGCAGCCUGGUGCUGAAAGAGACAGAGAGACUGACCACAGGGAACCACAUCACUAUCCACACUGUCUCAUUCAACUGCACAGACAGCUCAGCCAAUGACUUUCUGAAGAAGCUGGCCCACCAAACUGGGGGUCGGUACCACCACUGUCAUGACAAUGUGGAUGCGCUCAGUGGGCUGUUGGAAUCGGGCCUUAGUGAUGGAGACGAACCUACCCUGGCGGCCCUCGAGGUAGAUGACUUGAGGAGACUGGCUCAGGAAAUUGACAAACUGAGACAUUUCCGGAAACAGGCACAGGUCUUCAGAGAAAUCAUUUUGGAAAAGAAGAAUCCAGAG